AUGGCUUCCUACCUCAACGGCCUCGUGUGGAACACCAACAACCCCAUCGAGCUCAACGACAAUGACGCCGUCCGAACCAACAGGCUUGAGGUUCCAGCCGCUGGCAAGUAUCGCCACUUCGUUUUCGAGGACUGCCAGUCUGUCAUCUUCUACAAGGAGAAGGCCCCCGAUUCUCAGCCGGAUCUUAUCGUCCAGAAGCCUUCUAACAACCCCACCGGCAAUAUCGUUGUGCCCCCUGGGGUCCGGCUUAUCGUCAAUGGCGGUCGCAUGAGGGAAAUCCCCAUCAGCGCCGGCACCAGCGCGCCUCCUCCGAGCUCCGUUUCGGGCUACGAGGGCAACUACAGCCUCAGCGGCAGCAGUGGCAAGUACACCCCUGCCGUCCAUGCCCAGGACAACGCAUCGACCGUCUCUCAGAGCACUGUUUAUCCCCAUGACAGCGCCAGCAACGUCGGCGUUUACAACCAUGCUUAA